AUGAAGUUCACUCAGAUCCUCUUCACGUCCGCAUUUGCAACCGCCUGCCUGGCCUUUGAUACAUCGGCCACAGAAGGCAUCAAAGAAGACUAUGAUAUCCUCGGAGAAUGGAACUACGGCCUGCAGUCGGGUACCUUUGACUCGGACAAUCUGGGCGAAGCUAUGAUCGCAGAAGCGGUGAAGUUGGUGGAUCCUGUGAAAAUCGAGGAUGCCUUGAAGAUCGAGUCUCAAAACAGUGCAGGAGAAUGCUCUGCACUUGCCGAGGCUUCGGAAGGCUUCGCUCACCGGCUCUCGGAUCUGUUCCACAACAUUGAGGACCCCAAGGUGCUAUGUGAAGCCAGCUUCCAGAGCAAGAUCGAGCAGUUCGGGAGCACUAUCGUACUCCAUCCUCAUAUCAUCGAGGUCGUGGAGGUAACCCUCAAGAGGGACUGCGAUGCUGAUGCCGAUGACGUCAAAGCGGCUCUUGAGGCCUUCCCGCAGGCUUUCUCGAACUUUGAUGCAUUCCUCACAGCCCUGAGCGAUGCCAAUGCGACUUGUUCUGGCAACUAG